AUGCCGAGGGCUGGAAAACUAAAACCUAUAGGAGUCAGUGUGAGGAGCUGCUUAGAAGAAAUGCCAAAACCUCCAACUCCACCGCUGGUGAGGAAAUUCACCAAAAGUGUCCAUCCAGAACCAGGAGCCAUCCGAGUGCACCCAGGGAAGGCAAAUGACCCGGAUGUUGCCAGCAAACUUGUGCAUGGCACCAGCAUCAAACCUCCGGCCCCUGGUGAAAACUUGUUAAAUCCUCCCCAAAAGACAAAGUUACAACAGAAGUUGCAAGAAGAUGCUGAAUCUGUGUAUGCUUCAAGAAGGAAAGCUCUUGGCCGGUCACCAAACAAGGAUGCUGAACUCUCCGGCUGCUACAAUGAUGAAACUAUAUUUGGUGUGAAGAUAGUUAAAGGCCUGGCUGCUGGAGAAUUGAUUUCCCCUUCAAAAACAAGACAGGAAAUCGAGCUGGAAGCUCAGGAGGCGCACAAAGCGUAUGUUCACAGCCAUAAAGACUAUUUGCCUGGUGAGCAAAUAAAUCGAAAAUAUGAUAUGAGUAAUUACGACAAAAGCAGCAGGUUUGGGAUCCAAACAACUCAUUUCAAUGACGGCCGCAAUACCGGUAAAAGUCUCUGCUGGCGUGGAGCGCUUAAGUUUUAUGAUCCAAAUCCUCUUUUGAAGAGAUCUGACAACAAACAAAAAUUGGCUGAGCAGCUUGGCAAUACCGUAUCUGUAUUUUUAAGGAGGAAAAAAACAUUGAAUCUUCCAGCUUAUCACACGUUUGGAGUCGUCGUGCCACCGGAUCAGUACGGAGCUGGAGAUCUAAUCCACUCCACAGAUUCAGGGGAGUACGCGAGAAGUGGAGACAAGCAGCGCAGCCUGGUCAAUGCAGUGAGACACUACCUCAAGAAAAUCAACUUUCAGAACUUCCCGUCUUUGCUGGAGGCUUUCAAGCAUUAUGACAAGAAAGGAAAGGGAAUGAUUGACAGGGAGGACCUGCAGGAAGUUUGUCGUCAGUUCCAGCUGGACGUGAACAAAGUGGUUCUGGAUGACCUGAUGGACUAUUGUGACACGGACAAAGAUGGACUCAUAAACUUCUUGGAGUUUGCAAACUUUCUCAACUGGAAGGACAAGAUGCCCGUCAACAAUCGAGAGCAGCGCGUCCUGACAGACGAGCAUGAGUCCAACGCAGCUCCAGACGGCACAGGCGGAGCAGAACAUCCUCCCUCUCUGGCCUUGAUUAAGCCUGAGGACUUGAAGCCCGUUGAAACCGGAGGUUCACUGAAGACAGUCAGGACUCUGAGGAGACCGAGGGCUGCCCCGGACGAUUUCAAGACCUCCUCCUCAAUUAUUGGUGCCGUCAAUGGCACAUCGAACGGCCGCACAUACGGGACCCCGUCGAUGCGUUCUGACCUUCCAGUUCCACGUCUCAGGAGAGUCGGGGACACCGUGAACUACGGGGAUUUAACUACAGCUGCAGAUCUGCUGCGUCCGUCAGUCUAUGCCCUCAGAGGCGUUGAUGAGAAGCUCUUAUUCUGUCCUCGUACCCGGGAGGAGAUUGCAGAUAUUUUCAGGAAUGUCGGGGUUAAUAUUUCUGAGGAAACAUUUGAAGAAGCCUGGAAACGAGCAUCUGCGGAGCAGCCGAGCGGGGAGGUUUGUGUCGAAGCUUUCCAGAGCGUACUCAAGGAAUUAAAAGUGAUGUAACGCUUGAGAUUUGUCUGGUACGUUGUUUGUUCUUAAUGGAUAUUAUUUUUCCAU